AUGAUGCACAUCUCGACCCUUGUUCUCUCCGCUCUCCUUCUCGUCGGAGCCAACGCCAUCGCUGUCGAGAAGCGCCAGGACUCGUCCGCCCUGGCCUCCGCGUCCGGUAGCACGGACUCCGCCUCCGCAACUGCGUCCGACAGCGCCUCCACUUUCUCCGCCACCUCGACCGCGACCGCCUCCGACAGCGCCGCGACGUCUUCCACCACCGACUCGCUCAGCUCCGCCGCGGGCUCUACCAGCCUCCUGUCCUCCGACGCCGCGACCGCGACGGACAGCGGGACGACGAUCGUCAUCGGGAGCACCACCAUCGUCGGCAGCAGCCUCUCCCUCUCCGCGACCGGCUCCGUCACGACCUCCUUCCCCUCCGCGUCCGUGUCGCUCUCCGGCGCGCCGACGGACCCCACGUCGUGCGUCCCUAUGCCCGGCGGCCCCGGCCCCCACGGCGGUCCCCCCUACGGAUCGUACACGCCCCCCUUUGGCACGUCCACCUUCCCGGCUACGAUGUCGGACGCGCUCCCGACCACCGCGUCAGACGCGUCCUCGGCGACGGAUGCGCUCUCCACCGACGUCACCGGAUCCGCGACGGACUCCAGCGUGGCCACCGCCGUCACCUCCUCCGACUCGUCGGUCGCGUCCACCACCGUCGACUCCGCGACCGCUACCGCGUCUGGGUCGGCAGUCUCCAGCACGGUCGACUCGAGCUCGACGCUCGACGUCUCCAGCACGGCGGACGUCAUCAGUAGCGUCCUGGCUUCCUCCAGCGCCGUGGCCUCGAGCGCGACCGCCUAA